GCCAAAAGCACCACUCCGCAAAGGAUUGGGAUCUUCCCUGGGAGAGAUACCGGUGGAAUUUAUACAGCUGGAUGAUCCUACCAUCUCCACCGCUAAGAAGGAUUAUUCCACCUUGACAUCUUAUAAUCUCCUCCCUAAGCGGGAGAGGAGUAUGAUCGUACCAGGCACCCCAUCGAUCUGGAAGCUGGCUCCUGCUUGCAAAGUAAAACCCGAUUCUGGAAAAUACAUCCAGGACCCAAAUACUCUCGUCUUCCCCAAAUGCUCACUCGAGCCUUUAUUCCGGGCCAUUGCAGUCACCAAGCCCACAAUGAACCUGAACGAUAUUGACCUGAUCAGUGACCGGCGGAAUCUGCGGCUACUGUUGGCCUUGGUGAGCGGAAACAAGAAACCGUUCCGCAUCAAUAUCGAGGUCGUCGCCUCGACCGUUCUCUUCACUACCUACGCGAACAGUAAAGUCAACUUUGUCCAGAACUUCGAGGGAUAUGGUCGGGAGUACGAGAAGGCGUCCACAUGGACCCCCCGUCACGUCCGAGGGAGUAUCACCCAUAAUCGGGUGGUCCGUUAUACCCUGGGAGGCGUGAGAAUUAUGCUUCGUUUCGAAGUUGAUGCGUGUAUGCCUGCAAAGCCUUGCAAUAUGCCCGAAUCGAGCAGUAUGAAAACGCCGUCCGGCCUCACGGUGGUAAAAGCAGGCAGGUUGGUUGGACCAUCCCGGAUUGUGGAGAUCAAAACGGGACCAGCCCGAAAGGCUCUAGACGUUUCAAAGAAUCUAUCGCAGAUGUGGUUUUCCCAGACGCCAAUAUUGUGCAUGGGGCAAUAUACCGAGGAUGGGGCUUUUUUACCGGCGAGACAAAUGAAUGCGGAGAGAGAAGGGAAGCUGAGAUUGUGGGAGAAGAAUAAUGAGGACAAGAUACGAAGGCUUAUCCGGGUGCUUCAGAUGAUUAUGGAGCUCGUGAAACGGGGACCACCCAUUUGCGCACUUAUCCAUGAGGGAGAUGGUGUCCUAAGGGUUUAUCAGGAUAUGAAUAUGGGCAAACGAGGUAUUCCAGUGGAUCUAUUGCCCAUGUGGACUAUUACUCCAAAGACGACGGAGACACAUAAGUAAAUGAUUGCAGGAUAUUCUACAUGGCUCACUCAGCUCAUGCCCAGGAUAUGUCCUGUGGAUCUGGCGCAAAAGCGAAUAUUAUCUGGAGGUUCAGCGCCUCAUCACACACGUACAUUCUUUCCAGAUCUGCCAUGACAUUGAGAGCCUACAUACAUCGGGGACUCACAGAGGUACGACUUACAUACCGGGAGGGAAUCAUCUUCAAGUAGGAGUCACGGCCGUAGUCAACAUCUAUACCGGAGCGAUGUAUGAUGGACCUACGAUUUACUACAAAGUGCCACUCGUACAUACACCUUUGGUUCGGUUGGGGUAGGAAAAUGAUAUGAAGUUCU